GUUUUCUUUGUGGACGGACAGAGGAUGACGUCGAUCGAGCUGAUCCAGAUUCAAGGCAGCAGGAGUGUGUUGGUUGGAGACUUCAAUACUUCGUCCCGACAGCUCCGUCUGAUGGAUCACCUGCUGAGGUUUAAAGGUCCAGGACCAGCCAGAGACCGGACUCUGGUCCUUGAGCAGCGGCGGCAUGUCGGCCUCCUGCUGUACAGCAUCGUCUCAGCAGCAGCGGCUGUGACCAUCAUCAUUACUCUGAUCGUCCUCUUCCUCGCCGUCCUCUGCCCGGAACACUGGCUGCUGACGUCCAGCGGUGACUCCCAGGACAAGCUGCUGCUGCUGGGCAUCCUGCUGUCCUCGUCCUCGGUCCUGAUCUCCGGUCUGGACGGAGCCUCGCUGUCCAACUGGACAUCUCAGGUCCUCUGCUCUGGUCUCGGGUGUUUCAUGGCCUGGAACAUCUGGACUGUGCAGGACGAUCAUCCCGCUGUCGGCAGUAAACACCUGGCGCUGAGUAUGUUCGCUGUGACGGUGUUCAGUGUGUCAGGAGUGUCAGCAUCACUGCUGACGUCCAACAAUCCUCCUGUUCAGUUCUGCCUGAGCAGCAUCCUCAUCCUCUGCUGUAACAUCUGCACCCUGAGCUGGCUGUUUGGACCGAAGUUUUUGUGCACGUGGCCAAAAAGCAGCGAGCUGCAGAGUGAAGCUGCUGAAGAUGAAGAUGACAACAAAGAUGAAGAUGAAGAUCAGGUGAACAGCUUAAACCAGCAGUUGAAGAGUCAAAGUGCACAGCUCGAUGCAGAAAUAGAAGCCAUCAACAGGGAGCUCUCUGCAGAGUCAGCUGGUCCUGAUCCAAAACUACACCACAGGACUGGAGAGAGACACCACGCAGGUGAGGUCAGAUCUGUGAUGUGGACUCAUGUAGUUCAGGUCUGUUCUGAGGACAGAAACUCAGAGAGGAAGCCUUCAAGUCCAGACAGCAUCAACUCUCCUGAACACGUGGGGCGCCGUCUGUCCAUGCAGCUGCCCAUCCUCCAUCACUCCUACCUGCCUGCCAUCGGUGGCGUCAGCGCCAGCAGCUCCGAGGCCUUCGUUCACAGCGACCUGCCGAUGAGCCCGCUGACAACUUCCUGUACACCUGAGUCGACUAUAGUGCUGAACCAAUCAGACGGCAGCUGUGACUGACUUAGAGGAACCUGUAUUUAUUUUUAUAUAUAAUGUUAGAUAUAGGAACAUCUAUGGAAACAUUUACUGACUUCCUAAUGUGUAAGAAAAAUAAAAGACG